UCGGGGAAGCGGCCUCUUCCCCCUCUCCACCCCCUACCCGAAUUCUCGCCACGAGGGGAAAACUGAAGCAAACGUCAGGGGAAGUUUCAAAAUUUUCGAAAAGGGAAUUUAUAGUGGGGUUUCGAAAGAAUUCUCCGGGUGCUGCUACCAUGGGAACGAGAGGAGGUUUUGUGAUCGCCGUGGUACUACGCGAGCUGUUGUCGUCGGCGGCGGCCGCGGCCGACGACGGCAGCCUCCGGCGGCGGUCGCUCCACCAGCCCUUCUUCCCCAUCGAGUGGUCCCCUCCGCCGCCGGCGUCCGGGAGCGUCGUCCUGCCCACGCCGCCGCCGGCGUCCGCCGCCGCGGCCUCGACCACAAGCCCCGCGCGGUCCGCGCCCAGCUUCACGAACACCAUCGCAAUCGCGCUCACGGCCGGCCUCGUCGCGCUCGCGGUGGUGUCCUACUCCUGCGUCCUCCUGUGGCGCCGCGUGUCCGAUGGCGGCGGGGAGGACGACGGCCGGGCCACCACGGCCACGUCGACGAAGCCGGUGGCCGUGGGGGCCGUCCCCGCGAGAGUCCCGAGCGAUGUCGGGAGCAGCUCCCGGCGCCACAGGUCGCCGCCGCCGAGCUCGACGGCCUCGGACGCGAUAUACCUCGACCCGCUCACGUCGCUGAUGGAGGUCCACCAGCACCGGGCCAGCCCCGACCUCCGCCCGCUCCAGCUGCCGAAGCAGCCGUCCUUGAGCCCUGACCUCCGCCCGCUGCCGCCGCUGAAGCGGCCGGUCUCACAUCCACCGCCGCCGCCCGCGUCCACGCCGCCGAUGACCGCCACCACGGAGUACUCCUCCGAGGAGGACGACCAGGCGACUUACUACACCGCGCGGAAGACUGCCAUGUCCUCCUUCAGCCGGAGCACCAGCCAGCGCAGCACUCUGGAGCAAACAGCGCCGCCGCCCGCGCCCGCACCCGUGCCGCCGCCGCCGCCGCCGCAAGUGAAUCACCUGCGACCUCCUCGCCCACCUCCGCCGCCGCCGUUGCCGAGGCAGAGAUUGCUGCGGCCGCUACCCUCCGAAUCGCCCCCUCCAGCCGCCCUGGCCAAUCUAGCACUAACCAGCCCCCCAGAACCCUCAAUUCAAAACAGGGGAAUCGAGAAUUCUGACGUCCUAGGCGGAAGCACGCGGCCGCCGAACCUGAAGCCACUUCACUGGGACAAGCUCCGGGCCAUCUCCGGCCGCACCACCGUCUGGGACCAGGUCAAGAACUCCGACUCGUUCCGGGUGGACGAGGCGGCGAUGGAAAGCUUGUUCCCCAGAAGCGGCGUCCCCGCGGCGGGGAAUUCCGAUCAAGCGGUGGCGAGAGGAGCCCCCGGGAAGCAGCAGAGCCUGUUGCUUGACCCGAAGCGGCUGCAGAACGUGGCGAUCAUGCUCAAGGCGCUCAAUGUGACCGCGGACGAGGUGAUCGGAGCACUCAUGCACGGAAACCUAGAAGAGAAGCCAGAGUUCUACGAAACACUAGCUAAGAUGGCACCAACAAAAGAAGAGGAGUUGAAGCUAAAACAUUAUAGCGGUGAUCUAUCAAAAAUUGAUCCAGCAGAGCGCUUUCUAAAAGAUGUACUUGAUGUUCCUUUUGCCUUCAAGAGAGUGGAUGCAAUGCUUUACAGAACAAACUUUGAUACUGAAGUGAAUUAUUUAAGGAAAUCUUUUGGAACUUUGGAGGCAGCUUGUUCAGACCUAAGAAGCAGCAAUCUGUUCUUGAAGUUGCUAGAUGCUGUUCUCAAGACUGGGAACCGCAUGAAUGACGGUACUAAUCGAGGGGAAGCAAAGGCCUUUAAACUUGAUACUCUUCUAAAGCUGGCAGACAUCAAGUCAACAGAUGGUAAAACAACAUUGCUCCACUUCGUGGUUCAAGAGAUCAUCCGAUCAGAAGGCUUUGAUUCUGACCAAACAGCAUCGAAUCCUGGCAGUGCUAGCAAAGAACGGUUUAAGAAGGAUGGUCUGAAAGUACUUGCAGGGCUCAGUAGUGAGCUUUCAAAUGUGAAGAAGGCAGCCACAUUGGAGAUGGACACAUUGAGCGGUAACCUCUCGAGGCUCGACACCGACCUCGAGAAAGUUAAACUGGUCUUGCAACUUAAGGAGUCAUGCGCGGAUCAAGGCUCAAGCGUGAAGUUCUUCGAGGCAAUGGACGUGUUUCUCAGAAGGGCACUAACAGAGAUUGGGAGCAUCAAAAUAGCAGAAAGGAGCGCCCUGCAGCGUGUAAGGGAGACCACACAGUACUUCCACGGUGAUGCCACGGUUGAGGAACCUCACCCUCUGAGGGUAUUCAUGGUGGUGUGUGAGUUCCUCUUAAUACUGGAUCGAGUGUGCAGGGACGUAGGCAGAACACCGGAAAGGGUGAUGAUGGGUUCCGGUAAGUCUUUCCGUGUCACCGCCGGCACCUCAUUGCCACCUCGGCGGCAAGAACAGCAAAGGCAGCUUAGCUCUUCGGACGAAGACAGCUCGUCGUCGUAGAAUUACUUUAGGAAACUCUUUUUGGGUGCACAUGAUAGUUUGUCCAAAUUUUGAGGGCAGUGAUUCAUUCAGGAUUGAUCAUGUGUAAUUACCGCCAGGAAUCAGAAGGGACAGUCACUGUAUAUGUAAUAGUACUAGAUGUCUACAGAAGAUUAAAAACAUAGCCGUACAAAGACAUGGUUUUCUUGAUUCUGUAUAACGUUAUGUCAGAAAAGGAAAUUGUUCAGCUCACCAUA